UAAUAAUAUAUUAAUAACAGCUGUGGCAGUCAAAAUGGUAAAAUCGAAGCAAUGAAGAGCUGCCUGAUUCAAGUAACAAAGAAAGAAGAAGAAACCCGUUAGGCCAUUCCAUUUUUUUAAUCAACCCACUAGGCCAUUACUACUACUACACAUAUUUUAUUACUAUACUUUUGCCAUAAGCUUUGGUUUCUUGUCGUUCUUCAACAAGAAGAUUCAAGUAACCAAAAAAAAAAGGCAAAUUUAUUCUGGUUUGUUUGAAGACUCUUUGGAACUUGCUACAAUGGGUUGCUCUGGAUCUUCUCAAGCCAAAGCCGAUGGGGAUUUUAAGAAAAUUCAGAAGCCAAAACCUUGGAAGCAUACUGAACCAAUUACAAGGACUCAACUAAUGCAGAUGCGUGAUGAAUUUUGGGAUACCGCUCCACACUAUGGUGGCCAGAAAGAGAUAUGGGAUGCACUUCGAGCAGCUGCUGAAGCAGACUUAACCCUUGCACAAACAAUUGUAGAAAGUGCGGGUGUGAUCGUUCAGAGUGCUGACUUGACAAUCUGUUAUGAUGAGAGAGGUGCAAGAUAUGAACUACCCAAGUAUGUUUUGAGUGAGCCAACCAAUUUGAUAUGAGAGUUGACAAUAGGGUAAAGAGUACAGUGUUUCAUUAAGACUGUAAAUUUUGUAUAUUGAUCUCAUGGCCCCUAGAGUUCUGAAUCUUGAUAGUGUUGGAUGGGAAUUAAGAAUUCAUGUCUCAGCUCCCAAAUAUUUGGAGUAAAGGAUUUUCAAAUUGAUUAUCCUAAUAGAUCUUCUCUUCAUUUAUAUAUCUGUUUUUUCAAAGAAUA